UAAUUAGGUUUUCACCUGUGCGUGCGUGUGCGUUCGUUAUCAGCGCCGCGGCGGCCGCCGGAAGUGGGUGAUAAUAUUAUUAUAUUACGACCGUUUGAAAAAUUAUGUUAAAUUCUCAGGCAUGACGCAAUUUAAAACCGUGGAAUUACACAUUUAGGUAGGCACGCCGAAAUAAUAUUAUAUACGACGCGACCGCCGAGCCUAUUGCGCGGCAGUUCGUGUGCUGGACCGACUACUGUGCAGAGUUUAGCCGAUCGAUCGAUCACCGUCCUCCGGAAACGCCACCGUCAUCACCAUGCAGGACUCGCCGUCCACAAAUUUCCGUUACACCUCCCUCACGUCAAACUAUUCGUUCACGUUGUUCAAGGAAUUGAGCCAUUCCGUCGAGGGAAACGUAUUCGUCUCCACGUACAGCAUUCAAUUUCUGUUGGUGCUUCUUGCGUUAGGCUCCAAGUCCAAGACCGGCGAUCAACUCAAGACGCUGCUGCGCUUGCCACAAAAGAAUGCAGAGCCGAAUUACGACAAUAUCAAGUCGGUCAUGACAAACAUCGAAGACCCUGACUAUUUCACCACUGCCAAUGCAGUAUUUACAGAUAUGGCAUUCGUUUUGAGAAACGAUUACGUGGAUAAGGUUCGUGUCUAUUUGAAUGCUGAAGUGAAGAGUCUCGAUUUCGCUGGAAAUCCUGAAAAAGAAGUAUCGGAAAUCAACAAGUGGGCCGAACAUAAGACCGACGGAAAAAUUUCCAACAUUUUCGAACCAGGCACCAUUGACAGGGACACAGUGUUGGUUUUGGCUUCGGUCGCAUACUUUCGAAACGCGUGGAAAAACCAAUUCACGGAUACGAAGAACGCGAGUUUCUGCCUUACGCCUUCGAAGCAUAUCGAUGUCGAAAUGAUGCACCAAAGGGGCCUUUUCAGAUACCACCACGACGACCGUUACAAGUUCUCCGCCGUCGAACUGCCUUAUAAAGCGGGUGGUUUCGAUAUGCUGGUCAUACUGCCGGACAGGGCGGACGGGUUGAACGAUUUGGAAAACGCGUUUCUGAAGGACUCGAAAAACUUCGCGUACUUGCAGGGCAACCUGACCGUCCACGAUGUCACGGUGGACUUGCCGAAGUUUAAGUUCGAAUCCGAUGUCAGUCUCAUAAAAACAAUGGAAAAAUUGGGUUGUACCGAGAUGUUCACGUCGAGUGCCGAUUUCUCUUAUAUUAGUACGUCUGGAGCGGGUAAGCUGAAAGUUAGUGACAUCAAACAUAAGGCCUUUGUGAACGUCGACGAAACCGGCACCGAAGCCACAGGCGUCACUGGCUACAGCUCAAAAUACAAAAAGUCAGAAUACAGUCCGAGUGACGUCAAAGCCGUUAAGUUCCAUGCGUGCCAUUCGUUCAUGUUCAUUAUAAAAAAAAACACAAACAUUAUUUUUAUGGGUAGAUUGUCCAACCCGAACCCUUAGUUUAUACAUAUACGGACAUGAAUAUUAAUUAUAUGACACGAGUAUACCUAUAUUAUUAUAGUUAAAUAAAUUUUGAUAUUUUAUUAAGCAGUCAUAAGUAUUUAAUAACAAGUAAUAUAAAGGCUCAUAAUUAAUAUGUACCCAACAUUGUUAAAAUGUUAAAAGAUAAUAUAUUAUCUAACUACGCAGAUUGACUAAAAUGUCUAUUACAAUUGUUUGUAAGUAUAAUAUAGUUUAUACUUUAUAGUAUUCGUAUAGUAUAAUAUAGACAUAUAGACAUAUUAAUAUAUAGUCAUAUAUACUGUAUAGCUAGUGCAACAAUAUUUAUAUAAUAUAAAUUGUUAUGUCUUAGAGUUAAUACAACGGUACGUUGCAGUUGCAAUGUGAUGAGCCAUCUCAUACUAUAUAGUUACUCUACAUUAUGUUAGUUAAUUUUUAUUUUAAAUAUAUUUUAUAUUGUAUCACUGCCAA